UGUAGUUUUACAACACUUCUCUUAACCAGCAGCUGUUAGUUGGGUUCGAACCAAAUAUUUUGAUUUAUCAUAAAGAUGGCAUUAUCUCGCGCCAAGCCCGAAGAACUGCCCAAGGAUGCUGUUGUUAUAACAGAGGAUCAGGCCCUUAAGUACCAGUGGAAGAUCAUAACCGCCUGGGACAAAGUUGGGGAUGUGUGGUCCCUGCGCUACGGCCCCGGAAUUCUGAGUGCCAUGGCCGCGGGAACGGGCGCCUACAUAAAUAACCACUAUCGCACCAAGCUGCGACUGGGAGGACAUGGUCGGCUGUCCAGUUACCUUCCCAUUGUCGCCGUUCCCGCCAUUUUCACCAUGCUGGCGCACAAGUUCUUCAUCCAGAGACCUAUUCUGCUUAAUCCACUGGGCGAGUGCCCGGUAUGCAUUCAGGUGCGCAGCGCCGCCUUCCAAACUAGUCUGGGCAUUGUGUAUCCCACGAUCCUGGCCCCAUUUGCCGCAUUUAUGUUCGCCACCCGAUGCUACACAUACCGCAUUCCCUCAAUCACGGAAAGUCCGCGUGAGGUGUUUCAGUUGUGGCGGAAGAUCACCCGUCCCAUUGUACCUGCCCUUAGCACCCUCAUCUGUCUGCAGGCCCUUGUCACCAUGUUCCUCACCGGCCAAGAGGACAAGCAGAACUUCAAAAUGAUGCUGCGCAUGAGGGAGAUCGAGCACAAGCUGGAAGAGGACAACCUGCCACAGCGAAUCGACUUUUAAUUGUUUUUAUCUUGUUAACUAGCUGAAAUAGAGACGCAUUUUUGAGUUUAG